CCGAGGAAACGGCCUCCUGAGGCUCCACGUUGUCUUUCAGGGGCCUCGGAGGGACAAGAAGGAGAUGGGGAGGGCACAAAGAGGAUGGACAGUGUGAGGUUGGAGCCACUGGAGAGGACACUGUCCAGAAAUCGGUGGAGAAAGAAUAGUACCAGGAUGAAGACUCAUUCAGGAAACAGAGGGUGCCCAGUACAGGGGCUGUAAUGAGCGGAGGUAGCACCUAGAAAGAAGGUAUUGCCAGCUGUCGCCUCCCAGUGAAAGGCCACUGUCGGCUGAAGGCGCACUUCAGUGUCCAGAAGAGGGUGGUAUAGUGGGGUGACAGGCAGUACCAAGUUCAAUUGGCAGGGCUCAAGGGGAUCAGUGUGAGGCUAGUGCCAAGCAGGGCCAAGGGAAGACGGGAGUGGCGAGGAGGUGAAGACCCAGGGGAGGGCACAAUGCGGGCUUUCCUGUCCCUCCGAGUGACCUGGCAAAUUCCCAAACCGGACGCACCCGGCUCGGGUGAUGUCUAGCUGGUCCGAGCCAGCUCAGACCAGCAUGGGGGACUUUGGUGACAGUCUGAGGGGCUGGGCACUAGGUCCUAGAUGGCCGGUGCUCUGCGGGCGGGGUUCUGCUCCACCUGCCUGCAGCACGGACUGUGCCCUGGGCCGGCACGCGGACUGCAGGGAAGGGCUAGGGCCGGGCUUCUCUGGGCCAAGGAUCAAGGUUCCUGGCUGGGUUAGGCCCGCAAGGUUUUCACGCUUCGGGAUCCACGGUCUCUAGAGGGCGCCGUAGAGCCGGGCGCUGCGCGGUACCCGCCGGAGGUGGGGCUUAAUCUGUCCCCGCCUUGGGCGGAGUCACCGAGCUUUGAGACUCGCCCACAAGGCCCGAGGGGCUCCUAGGUGGCUCUUCCCAGCGGAAGUGAAGAAGCCCCGAGAGGGAGGUAGCGGAAGUGGCUGCGUUACUGUAGCCUGUGCGCAUGCGCCCUCUGCUUGGUUGCCGCUUUUGGGGCGGUACUCUGCCCUGUCUUCUUUUCUCCACGUGAGGGGCUGCGCGAAUUCCCAGUGGUGGCCGCGCGCUCAGCGCCUCUGCAGCUCUCGUGCCCUUCACGAUGGCGGGCAUCCUGUUCGAGGAUAUUUUCGAUGUGAAAGACAUUGACCCAGAAGGCAAGAAAUUUGACCGAGUAUCCCGGCUGCACUGUGAGAGUGAAUCUUUCAAGAUGGACCUCAUCUUAGAUGUAAACAUUCAGAUUUACCCUGUAGACUUAGGUGACAAGUUCCGGUUGGUUAUAGCUAGUACUUUGUAUGAAGAUGGUACCUUGGAUGAUGGUGAAUACAACCCCACAGAUGACAGGCCUUCCAGGGCUGACCAGUUUGAGUAUGUGAUGUAUGGGAAGGUGUACAGGAUCGAAGGGGACGAGACUUCCACUGAAGCAGCCACACGUCUCUCCGCAUACGUGUCCUACGGCGGCCUGCUCAUGAGGCUUCAGGGGGAUGCCAACAACCUACAUGGAUUUGAGGUGGACUCCCGAGUUUAUCUGCUGAUGAAGAAGCUGGCGUUCUGAACUUUGUGGGAAACCAGACGUGCUGACUCAUGUCAUGGACAUUGUUCAAGCCUGUGUAGAAGCUGUCUGUGUUCGCCUGUAAAAGGGACGGGGCUCUGCCCACUGUGGGUACAUCUUCAGCUUGUCUGAAUUCAGUGGAAACUGACUUGUCUAUAAAAAGGCCAUGUAGCAAUGCUUAGCAAGGGCUUGAAGUUGUAUAUGAUUUUUUUUUAUUAAAGUUUACUUUUUCAGA